CCGUGAGAACGGCUCGUCCUCCCGACAGUCCGUCCCCGGCCGCGAAAUCUCAAAACCCUAGCCACGACGCUCUCCCCUCCCGGCCCCCCUCGCCGCUCCCAGACUCUGCGCGCAGCGUGACCCCCGGGCUCUGUUGGUACCACACGGGGUACCGGCAGAGGAGAGGGUUAGGGCGCCCUAGCUGAAGCGGCAGCCAUGGCGUCGUCUGUGCUGGAGGCCACGCGGGCGGCGCACGAGGACCUCGAGCGGUUAGAGCGCCUGGCGGUGCGCGAGCUGCAGCGCGACCCCGCCAACGCGCGCGACCGCCUCUUCCAGUCCCACCGCGUCCGCCACAUGCUCGAUCUCGUCGUCUCCACUUCCGACAAGCUGGUGGAAAUCUAUGAAGACAAGGACGGUGCUAGGAAGGAUGAGAUCUCCACCCAUCUUACCGCGCCGGUGCAAAGUGACAUCUUCCCCAAGUACUAUGAAAGGCUGAAAGAGAUUCGUGAUUACCAUAGACGGAAUCACUCUGCCCGUUUCGUCAGUGAAACUGAUGAUUAUGAGGAGCUACUAAAGGAGGAACCAGCUAUUGAAUUCACUGGCGAGGAAGCAUUUGGCCGGUACUUGGACCUACAUGAGCUCUACAACGAGUUCAUAAAUUCCAAGUUUGGAUCACUAAUGGAAUACUCAGCAUACGUUGGCACUUUUGCUCAGACUGAAAAAAUCGCACAUAAUCUAAAAGCUACCAGGCCAUACAAAGAAUAUUUGGAGCAUAUUUUGGAAUAUCUGAUGUCAUUUCUGUAUCGUACAGAACCGUUGCAAGAUAUUGAGAAGAUUUUUACAAAGUUGGAAAGUGAGUUUGAAGAACAGUGGAUCAAUGGCGAAGUUCCUGGAUGGGAGAAUAAGGGCACAGAGAAAGAAUCUGUGUUGCAAGAGUCUGCAGUAGACCUUGAUUACUACAGUACUGUUGAAGAGCUUGUAGAGCUUGGUCCGGAAAAGUUGAAGGAGGCUUUAACUGCUCGUGGAUUGAAGGGUGGUGGCACUGUUCAACAGCGUGCUGAGCGACUUUUCUUGCUGAAGCAUACACCCUUGGAAAAACUGGAUCGUAAGCAUUUUGCCAAAGGUGAUGAUUUGAAGAAGGAAAUUGCUUUGAUUGAAAUGAAGAUGAAGCGCUUAUGUGAGAUUCUCGAUGAGGUCAUUGUAAGAACAAAGGAAAAUGCGGAGAAGAAGCUGACCUUGACCUAUGAAGAAAUGGAAGCAGAGCGGGAAGAGGAAGAAGUACAAGCUGAUAGUGAAAGUGAUGAUGAAGACCAACAAAUCUACAACCCCCUCAAGUUACCAAUGGGCUGGGACGGGAAACCUAUCCCUUAUUGGCUCUAUAAGCUUCACGGUCUUGGUCAGGAAUUCAAGUGUGAAAUAUGUGGUAACCACAGUUACUGGGGGCGAAGGGCUUAUGAGCGCCAUUUCAAGGAGUGGCGCCAUCAGCAUGGGAUGCGAUGCCUUGGCAUUCCUAAUACUAAGAACUUCAAUGAAAUUACAUCCAUCAAGGAAGCGACAGCACUCUGGGAGAGAAUACAAGCAAAGCAAGGGCAGAACAAGUGGCGGCCAGACUUGGAAGAAGAGUAUGAAGAUAAGGAUGGAAACAUCUACAACAAAAAGACCUAUACUGAUCUGCAGCGCCAAGGCCUGAUAUAGAAUUCUGGAUGUGAUUCUAGUGCUUUGGAAGGAACGCGACGCUAAAAUCGUUGGUCUACUGUUAUAUUGAUACUUGCUGAACUUGUUGGUCGUUGUGACUUUUUAUUAGCUUGCAUUAUAUGUAGCCAGAUGGCACCUCGGAGUUACAAUUUCUUUCUUCGGGUUACAUUGCAUAUUAUGCUUUACUGGUCAAUCUUAGUCAGCGGUUUUUGUUUAUUCGACCAAA